GGCCCCUUUUUCUAUUCAAUACAAAAAUAUUUCACUUGAUACUAAAUUGAAUGCAUGAAACAAUUGUAUAUAAUUGAUAUAUGGCAUAUAGAAACUGUAUAGAAAAGUUUUGAAAAUGGUCAUUUGAUCGAUGGUGGUAGGUUAAGUGUCAAGGUACAAUUAAAAAAUUUAUAUAGAGCGCGUAAAGUAUCGAAAUAUGGCGCCUAUCGAAAUAUUCUCGAAAUAUCGAUUCUCGACCUAACCUCACUUCAGUCUCCGCUAGGUGCGCACGGAGGUAGUGUCGCUCUGUAGUGGUAGAGGAAACGAAGUGACUGGGAGUAGGAUAGAGGGACGGACAGGUGUUUUUUGCGCAGUUAAAAAUUUUCCCCCAAAAGUUCGCGACUCUCGUAAAACUGCAAAGAGUUUCCGUUGGUACCUGUAAAUAGAACGCUACUAGAAGAAUUGACUGUUCAAUGGACUAGCGCGCAUGCGCUGCUUUCCCCUCGCUCUCACAAUAUACUCCGCGCGUAACCGCCGCCAUAGUUGAUAUUUCUCCGAUAGAAUAUUAAUAGCGGCGUAAGUUUUCGCGGUUUAACGUAUUUUUUAAUUUACCGACCGGAAAACGAGAAUGCAUUCGACGAGGGCGGUGAGACGAGGCCGUUCAAGAUAAAGCUGGGACCCAUAGGAAGAAGGAGGGUGUCUCUACUUUCACAGCUCGUGGUUUUACAGGAGAGUGGCCUGGCAUCGCGGCGCUUCGAGUUAACGUGUGACCACUGUCGGGUGGCUAUGUACCGUUAGCUCGAAUUCAUUCCCCGUUGGCCGGCCCGAUACCCACGCUUACCUACCGACCGGGGGCCAUACUCGAUCGAACUCGACCGUCGUAAACCCGGAAAUGAGUGCGCGUCGCGGAUCGCCGUUACCGCAGAAAAGUUGCUAGUAGUGCGCGACUCGAUCACGAGUCACACGACUCGUUGAUUUGCCCAGAGGCACGUUCGUUUGGACAUACGUCUCGUAUGACGUGUGCGACCGUAAACAGUGGCCGCGGCUAACCAGAAGAGCCGUGGCACACGGCGAACGUGUACGUAAAAAUGAGAAAGUUGCUGCAGCCGCGGUGAAGAUUGAGAACGACGCAGGCGAGCCAGCCAGGCGGACGGUCUCUGUACUACGCGAAGGUGUUCUGACGCGGCGACCAGUAGUAGCAGUACGUCGAAAGGAGUGCACAAGGGAGCCACAGCUGCUCGUGGAUUUAAUUAUCGUGGAAGAUGAAUUUCACGCCAUUUCCCGGGUUCACAACUGGCUCGCUACCGACGGGUACGGUUCACCAGUUUGCGACCGCUAAGUUCGCACAGAACCUGCCGACUGGGGGCCAGGUAGUCGGCGUUUUAUCUGGCGGCGAAGGUGGUGUCCACUAUCUGAGGCCGGUCGACCCGAACGGUUUUGCGGUUGCACAAGGUGGCAACAACCAGCAGCAGCAAAUCAUCACGCUACCCAUCACUGUACCUGGAAAAGAUGGCACACAGCAGCAGCAAACCGUCCAGAUCCAGGUGGUCAAUCCCAGUGUAUCGCAGAGCGGGAACAGCGGUGAUCAACCCAAGUAUCAUUUGGCCCCGAUUUCUUUGGGACAAUUUCCCCAGGGUGCAGCAACAGUCCUCACCGUUGCAUACAGUCAGCAAGGCGCGGAUGGAGUACAGAUCCAAGUACAGCCGCAGAACACUGUGGCAACCACGCAAACAUCUGAUCAAACAACCCAAAGUACAUCCACGGCAGUCACUACUACAUCCCAGCAAACUAUACAGCAAACUGUGCAGCUUCCAGGUGCACCUGAAGGUUUAACAGUGGUCGCGCAGAUUCCCCAAGACAUGAUUUUACGCGAGGGUAUGGAUGAAUCGAAAGAGGAUGUUAAGGAAGGUACAACACCGGUGGCUCUCAUAAAGAGAGGUAGCAUAAAAACUCAGGGGAAUCAAAGCGGAGACGAAUUUAUUACUUCUAUGCCCGCCAGUUGGCAAAGUCUUGCUACUCCAGGGUCGACUGUCGCGGAUUACUUAUCCAGAUUGCCUGCUAGUACCUUGCCUAUUAGUUUACAACACUUCCUGAAAUUUUCGGCGGAGACAAUAAAGAGAGAAGCCACUAUCGAGUCGAGUCCUUUGGGCGCUGAUGGUUUAGACGCAUCUGGAAGUGUGACAUCGGGAGAACAAACGGUGCAGAUUACUGUUGCUGGUGGUGAAACGUCAAUCAUUCCUGAUGUUGUCGAAGGACAAGAACCUGGGGCUAAGCCGAAAAGGAAAAAGAAAUACAAGAAGAAACCUCCAAAACCAAAAAAACCAAAACCGGGACAAGUAAGCAUUGUUACUGCUCUCGAUGGUACAACAUUGUUUUGCUGUCCGCAAUGCAACAUGGCUUACCCUGAGAAAGAACUCCUGGAACAACAUCUUAUUGGACAUAAGAUCGAAAGGAGGUUUAUCUGUGACAUUUGUGGUGCAGGUUUGAAACGCAAAGAACAUUUAGAACGUCAUAAGUUGGGUCAUAAUCCAGACAGACCCUUCAUCUGUUCAGUUUGCAUGAAAGGUUUCAAACGAAAAGAACAUUUGAAUCUUCACUUUGUUAUUCAUUCGGGACAGAAGACGGAAGUAUGUACCGAGUGCGGUAAAGCAUUCUAUCGCAAAGAUCAUUUAAGAAAGCAUACGAGGUCCCAUUUGGCUAAACGUAUCAAGGAAGAUCCGUUGAAUACGACCGAUGCUUCCCAAAAUCCUCAACAGCAGACAGAUCAACAACAAGCAGAGCAAUUGCAACAACAAGCGGAGCAGUUGCAACAGCAAGCAGACCAAUUACAGCAACAAUCGUCGGUGUCUGAAUUACAACAGAUACAGAUACAAGUAGGCCAAGGAUCUCAGGCACAGAUUCAUCAGAUAGCCGUCAGCGAACAGUCUACAGUUGUCCUUCCGACCGCGGCAGAAACUGGAGCAAUGGCUAUACUUCAUCAUCAACAGCAGCAACAACAACAACAACAACAGCAGCAGCAGCAGCAGCAGCAACAACAGCAGCAGCAGCAACAACAGCAACAGCAUUAGCAGCAGCAUACCGCCCCGAAUCAACCUGGGCGAAUGAAUUUCCCGCCGUUCGGAGGCCACUUUCCCGGUACUAUACCGAGUAUCCACCAGUUCGCGACCGACAGCUCCGGCGGUGCGGGUGGGCGUUACGCCAAUCAUUUUCCCAACCAGCCUCCUAUUGGAGUGCCGGUUAUGGGAAAGUACCGUCCUGAAAGCAACGGCGUACAAUCUGCUCAGUCCCAAGUGAUGAUGAACAAUAAAGCGAGCUAUCCCAACAGCAAUGUUCAUCAUUACCCUAACGUGCCAUAUUCCCAAACGCAACCAGUGCAACAGCGGCCCUCGAAUUCACCUGGAAUGCAAGAGAAGCGUUCGUACCAUCAGCAAGCAACCGAAACCAUAAAUCAACAAGAUGUUUGCAAUCUUCUACAGGAUAAAGAUAAAAAUAAGGACAAGAAGACAGAGGAACAACAGCGCAACGGAGAAAGCACAACAAACGGUGGCCAACAAGAUUAUACUAUGCACCAACACCAUCAGCAGCACGCUCAUACUCAAACACCUGCCACUAUGCCUGCUACGUGGCAAUCUUUGGCUACUCCGGGGUCUACGGUAGCGGAUUACCUUAGUCACUUACCGGCUAGCACCUUGCCAUUAAGUUUGCAUCAUUUCUUAAAAUAUUCAGCGGAAAGUAUCAAAAAAGAAUCGGAAAUGGCACAAACAACUUCGGUAGCGGUAGCAACUACGACAACGCCCAAUAUAAUGAUGUCCCCGAAUAAUAAAAAGAAGAAAAAGAAGAAGCCUCCUAAGGAGAAAAAACCGCGUCCGAAACCUGGUGAAAUUCGCUUAACCACAGCAUUAGAUGGUUCUACAUUGUAUUGCUGUCCAGAAUGCCACAUGGCAUAUCCUGAACGCGAAUUAUUGGAGCAACAUUUACUAGGACACACUUUGGAACGAAGAUUUGUUUGCGAUAUUUGCGGCGCAGGUUUGAAAAGAAAAGAUCAUCUGACACGUCACAAGCAGAGUCAUAAUCCGGAACGGCCGUAUGUUUGUACCGUUUGCCUGAAAGCCUUCAAAAGGAAAGAACAAUUAACGCUACAUUUUGUAAUACAUUCUGGCGAGAAACGACAUGUAUGCACAGAGUGUGGAAAGGGGUUCUAUCGUAAAGAUCAUUUAAGAAAACACACCAGAAGUCACAUUGCAAGGAGAGUGAAAGCAGAGCUCAGUCAAAAUGCCGGUACACAGCAAAAUCAACAACAAAACAAUGUCUCGAAUAUGCAGACCACAGCGGUUACCGCAUCGUCCGUUCUUUCUGGUGGACAUCCAGGUCCUCUCCUAUCCUGAGCCCCGCCACCAGGGAACUUUCAAGUUCCCCAUCCGAAUAAUAUUCUUCAUACGCAUACUUCUCAUCAUUCGCUGCAUCAUCAUCAUUUGACAGCUGUCAAUGUGGCACACCAGUCAAGUGUCACGCCACUCGCUACGUCCAGUCAUUAUCAAACGCACGAGCUCAGUUUUUUGGGUCAUGUUAAAGAUUUCUGAGAUCAGGGGAAGACCUCGGUCAAGAGGUAACAUUGAAAAAUAACACGAGCGCUAUUAGCAGUGAAUUCUCGAUUCCUUUUCAUAAUUUGGAUUCUAGUGAGUUUUCUACAAGCAUGAUUAAUAAUUAUCCAUGAUGCCGCUGACUCUCUAUGUCCUAGUACAAUAGUGCAAAAGCUGUGCCGUUUACAUAAGUUUUUUCGACUGUAUGCACAGUUUUAUUACCUGUAUUUCGGGUACUGUUUUGACAUAUGUACAUGUAGAACUUAUCUCCAAAAGUGUGCCAUAUACCUAUGUACUUGAUCAAAAAUAGAAAAAGAAAGACAUAGAGAGUGUCUCCAUGCACACAUGAAUGGAAACCAUAAUUUUGUGUAGAGAGCAUUAGUAUAGAGCCUGAUAUAAGAGUCUUGCCAUACUAUACGUAUGAAAAACAAAACAUAUUUUUAUGAAGGCUUGAUGUUAAACGCAAAGAAAUUAACUAAGCUAUCGAAACUUAAUGACAAAAGAAAGAAAUAUCAUGGAAAAUUAUUUUUUUUUACCGCAUCGAAAUGAUUCAUUAGAACUUUGUUCAGAUUUCGGUAAGUUUAUUUUUUUAUUGUUUACUUUAAUACCGUCGUAUACAGAUAACAUGAAAUUUAUAAAAUACGCGAAAGGAGAUCUGGAUGUAUAUAAGGAUGCGAACGAGUCGUCCCACUGAUUAAUAUCUAUAACGUCUUUCAAUUCUCGCUAAGUUGAGCAUGUUUCUAAAAUUUG